AAUUACAUUUUAGAUAAAUCAAAGCGACGCGCAUCAAGUAGUCCUACAGGAUGUACAACCCAAUCAUACUGGAAAAUAUCGUUGCGAAGUUUCUGGAGAUUCCCCUUCGUUUAACACUGUAAUGGUUCAUGGUUACAUGCACGUAGCAAGUCUGCCCGACGGCGAUCCUCAGCUGCUGGUCGAGAAAACGCGAUAUGCAGUCGGUGACACUGUACGUGGAAACUGCACUGUACCAUCGGGAAAUCCUCCGGCUAACGUGACGUGGACUGUCAAUGGGAUACCGGUAAAUUCGAGUUUUAUCAUGAACAUCACGCACAAAGUUGGCGACAAUCAACAACAAGUGACGAUUGCUGGAUUGGAUUUUGAAACGAUGCAAGAUAAUUUCAGCAACAGCAGAUUACACAUCAUUUGUCACGCUAAUGUCUUUCAUCUGUAUCAAAAAAAGGCUGAGAUAUUUCUGAAAGAAGAACGUCCAAGACUGGCAUCUGUAUUAGGAACACGAGAAUCUUCCUACACUGGUAAUGCUGCCAAAAGACCUGUAGAAUACUUUUACAUCACUGCCAUAACUACAUUAUUGCUAUGCAGCCUAAGAUAACAUCAAUGAGUCCGCAAUACAUUUUAUGCGCAUGAUUGUAUCGAAAAGGAGGAAAUAAAUCGUUUGUAAAAUUUUGAAAUUAUUAAAUGGAAUAAAAUCUGAGGAGAAAUCUUUUGUUGAAAUAAAUACCGAGCGUAUGUUAUUCGUGUAAAUAGGAUAAAUAAAAAUUUAGUGAAUUAUCUAUAUGUGUAUGCGAUCUGCCCUUCGGGCGAAUUUGUAAUCCAAUAAAUAACAUGUCAUAUUAUUAUAUAAUAGACCGACGAAUUUUACGCCAAACUAUCAACGAUUUAUUUGAAAAGACAUUAUACUGUCUUUUUUAUCCUCUGACGAUAAUUUUUUGAUACCUCCUCUGUAACAUUGUAGCCAACACAAUGUGUCCUGUCAUGUUUAUAGGUAAACACUGUUAUUGUUUAUAAAAGACAUUUUAUUUCAAUGAAAUAUGAAUAAACAAUUCAUCUUCGUUAUUUA